GCAACAGUUGAAAAAAUGGAAACACAACACAAACAAUGGGACGAACGAACAAGUCUUUAUGAUGACCCCACCAUACUUACUAGCUACCAAAAAUCUACAAGACCAACACAACACAACACAACACAACACAACACAACAUUUUCUCAUUCAACUCUUUACAUUUCACCACAAACUAACUAUUUCCUUCAUUGGAGGACUUCGAUCUGCAUUUUUUUUUCUCCUGGCUUGUCAAGGCAUCACAGAUUUGCAGUCACAUUCCAGGACAUUAUGAGUUGUGGCUGCUUUAGAGCCUCAACUCUCAAAAGGAGUCAACCUCAUAUUCCUCAUGAAAUUGAUGGGUAUCCACUUGAAAAUGUUGUGCAUUUUUCUGAAAAGGACUUGAGAUUGGCCACUGAUAAUUAUCAUCCAAGCAAAAAGAUAGGACGGGGAGGUUUUGGCACAGUUUACCAGGGAACCUUAAAAGAUGGAAGACAAGUAGCAGUGAAGAGCCUUUCAGCUGCAUCAAAGCAGGGAGUUCGUGAAUUUUUAACUGAAAUUAAAACUAUAUCGCUUGUCAAGCAUCCAAACCUUGUUGAAUUGAUCGGUUGCUGCGUUCAAGAACCUAAUCGUACAUUAGUUUAUGAAUUUGUGGAAAAUAACAACCUUGAUCGAGCACUGCUAGGAAAUAGAAGCACCAACAUUAAGCUAGGUUGGGAAAAAAGAUCUAAUAUCUGCACUGGUACGGCUAGAGGUCUUGCUUUUCUUCACGGAGAAGCUGUUCCACACAUUGUGCAUAGAGACAUCAAAGCUAGCAACAUAUUACUUGACAGAGACUUUAAUCCAAAAAUAGGAGAUUUUGGCCUGGCUAAGUUAUUUCCAGAAGACAUCACUCAUAUUAGCACAAGAAUUGCUGGAACAACCGGUUACUUAGCACCCGAAUAUGCAAUGGGCGGCCAGUUAACCAUGAAGGCUGAUGUAUAUAGUUUUGGAGUUCUUAUACUUGAAGUAAUUAGUGGCCAAAGCAGUGCGAGGACAAACUGGGGAGGAUCAGACAAAUUUCUCUUGGAAUGGGCCUGGCAACUUCAUGAAGAGGGUAAACUGUUGGAGCUCGUGGAUCCAGAAAUGGUUGAAUAUCCUAAGGAAGAGGUGAUUAGGUACAUGAAAGUAGCUUUUUUCUGCACACAAGCAGCAGCAAGCAGAAGGCCAUCGAUGUCGCAAGUUGUUGAUAUGCUCUCCAAGACAAUUAGACUGAAUGAAAAGCAACUAACAGCACCAGGGUUCUUCCAGACUUCAGAAGAAUCCUCUCUAAAGAAGUCAUCCAUCGAGUCCACGAGCUAUCAGUUUAGUUCUGCCCCUGCCAGUAUUACUCAGAUCACCCCACGGUGAAGCCUAAAUCAAAAUUGUAUUGUGUGAAUUGCAGAGUUGAUAAAUAGAUGAAAAGGAAGAACACAAAUCGAAGGGAGGUUUUUCUCUCUUUAUUUUUAUUUUUAGUUUAAUAGAUUAUACUUUUUUUUUUCUUUUCAUUUAUCUAUAUUCUUUUUUUAAGAAUGUGAUGGUGUGCUUGGGCAAGCUUAUUUAAAAAGUGCAUUUACGAUAUUGUUUCAUUUUUCAACAUGUAUGGAAAAGAACCCUGUGAACCCUACUAAAAGAAAUAGAUCAACCGGGAGUUACAAGGUUGGUUUGGUGCUCGGGUGAAAGAGUUAAA